AUGGAAGAGCCUGCACCUGAGGCCUUAGGGCCUAACGAACAAGGGCCGUUCAAUGAUCUCCCUGCUGGCUAUCAGCAGGUGAUGAGCCCAAGUGGCGGGACUGCGCGGGUGAUCGGACCUCACACAGACGAUGAUCGCAGGCCAAACGGCGUGGACCGGGCGGCCAGAGAGAUCCCUGCAACGGAACCUGACUACGAUCGAGCCUUAAGGGCUACCGGAAUCGGCGCGACGGGCGUAACCGGACAAGGCACGCCGACGACGCAUGGUUUUUCUGGUGUUGCUGGAAGACUUCGAGAAGGCGGCGAUGCUGACAUCGGAGCGAGCAGUGCUGGAACGCAUGGUGGUCUGGAGGGAGUAUUGACGGCCAGCAAUAGGCCUGAGGCCGUGGGACCUUGCGAGCAAGGAGGUCGUGAGAGAAGUGAUGGACUGUUGUUUAGAGGAGGAAGCCGGGCAGCGGCCACUACUGGAUCAGAUUUCGGUUUUAUGUGGCCUUCGCCGUUGCCUUCACCUGCUACCAGGUCUAUCAAUGGAGAUGAACAAGUACCAACGACCUCUGGAAAUGUGAUAGCACAGCAAGGUGCUGCGGCGAUGAAGUGGUUGUCUAAGCUGGGCGACUUCGUGCAGCGCCGAGUCGCGCAGCAGACGCGGCCAGGCGAGCAGACGACAGUGGUCCAGGAGACAGUGUGGUCGCCAGGUCACGGGACUCGGACGGAGACUGAGCCAUUGUUUGAUCGUUCGCAGAGCAGAAGGUUGAGGGACAUGGCUUUGGCAGCUCCUCAGCUGUAUGGGACCGUGCAGCGGUCGGGCGGAGGUUCGGACUCGUCGAGGUCGUUUACCAAGGAGCAGUUAGAGACCGAAGUGAGAAGACAAGUCGAACAGGCGAUGGAGGAGCAGAGGAGCGUGAGUGAAGAGAACCAGCGCCUUCGGCUUGAAGUGGAGAGAUUGAGGGCUAUGGCGGCGCAGGGUGUCUCGAGCGGGACAAUGAUGCCGGGGCCCAAUGAAGCACCUCGUCUACGCGAUGUUUAUGUUCAGGAGCAGGUAGAGUAUAUCAACCAGCGUCUCGAAGGCAAUCUUACAGGACUUCCUGGACACAGUCGUGAGCAAGGGGGUGCAAACGAGAAUGUGGAACGGGUUUCUGAUCCUAGGGGCAAUCCAGGUGUACUUUGGGAACAUGAUGGAGGGCAGGGCGGUGAUCGGGCCUUGAGCACUCAUGGAGUAUCCCGAGGGAAUCCACCAGGACUUUUAGGACAUGAGAGCCGACAAGCGCGGGAACAUGCUCCUGAACCUCAAGCUCUUAAUGUACCAGGCGGCAAUCCUGAAGGACUUCCGAGGCGUGACGGUCGUUGGGGUGAUCAGUCCUCAAGCAACCGUGGAGUGCUCGGAGGCAAUCUUUCAGGACUUCCGGGACACAGUCGUGAGCAAGGGGGUGUUGGGAGAGCAAGGAGUCAAAUUCCACCAAGGUCAAAUCUACUGGGCUUUGCGGGUUUCUACGGGAAAUCGGAGGGGCAUGAAGUUCGACCGGGACCUACGGCAUCAACAAGUCAAGGUGCUGCGGGUAAAGAACGGAGUGCUGGUUUUCAGAGUGAUAGUGUUUUCGGAGGCAAUCUUGCAGGACUUCCGGGACACAGUCGCGAGCAAGGGGGUCGUGUUUUUAGUGAUAAGCCGGGCAUCUACAGUGGUCCUUAUGAGAAUGUGCCGGGCAUCUACAGUGGUCCUCCUCCAGGUCUUUCUGGUGAGCAUCAAGGCGUUCCAGGAGGUGGAGCACCAGGUGAUCAGCCUGGUCCUUCCGUUGGCGGGGCGGGCAACCCGCUUGAGGCACUUGUGCAAGGGAUGACGCAGUUGCAGGCGGCUAUGGCGAUGCAGAUGGGAAUGAACGCGGCCAAACCAGAGACGAUAAGGCCGGGAACCACAGCUUCGGAGUUGCCUAAGCUUAGCGAGGCGGACGAGAUGGCAGCGAUCAACGUCGGGGAUUGGUUGCAUGGCCUGAGCGGGCCCAUGGGCGAUCUUACGGAUGGGAGCGCUACGUGGUGGUCACAAGUUCUCAUGUGUUUGGAAGCGUACUACAAGGACUAUGUCAAUGCGUCAGCUGUGAAGAAGUUGCAGCUACGCGCGGAUGACUACGCCAAUGCUACGCUCAAGGAGGCCAAGUGGUUGCGGGUGGACAAAAGAGCAGCGUCUAUGCUCUUGCAAUCGAUCCCAGAAGCCAUACGCACCGAGGUCUUGGCCAACAGGUUGCAGACGACGCUUUCAAUCUUGGCGAGGAUACUGACGAUAUACAGGCCGGGUUCGUCUGUGGAAAGGCAGCAAGUCUUGAAGGCCUUAGAGCAGCCCGGUUCGGCGUCUACACCCAUGGAGCUCGUCGAGGCUCUUCGAAGGUGGGCACGAUGGCUAAAGCGGGCCCAGGACCUGGGGUUGCAAGUUCCUGACCCCUCGAUCUUGUUGCGGGGUUUGGACCAAGCUUCGAAGGCCCAGCUGGAACGGCAUGGUGAAGUGGCUUUCCGGACCAACAUGCUGCGCUAUGGUUUGGAAUUGGACUCAGCUCCUAGCCUUCCGUCUGUGAUGAAGUAUCAGUCCCAUUUGCUUGGCGAGUUUGAGCAGAUAGCAUACCGGGGGCGCUCUAAGGGCACUACCAGUACGGCACCUGCCGUGCGAGCUGUGGGCGCUGGGGGAAAUGAUGGUGGCAACGCUAGCCCUGGUAAAGGUGCUUCCUCUCCGGCGUCUUCAUCUACUACUACCACAACCAAGCCAUGCAAGUUCUUCAUCUCGGAGUCGGGUUGUCAGAGGGCCAAUUGCAAGUUUGGGCACGAAUGGGCCAGCAUACCGCGUGAAGAACGGCAUGAACGAUGCAGGAACUGCGGAGCUAAGGGCCAUAUGAAAAAGAGCUGUCCGCUUCGUACAGGUACCGGGGACCCUCCACGGCGGGAUGAGGGCAAGGGAGGACAACCUCCUCGACUACGACCACUGGGGAAGGGAUCUGACGGAAAGCGCGAUGAUGGAACCGUUCCUACGACUACAGCUUCGACUACGGCGACUACGGGAGGACCGGGAGCAGCUUCAUCGGGUUCGGCAUCUACGGGGGCGUCAAUGGACUCGAGCUCUACGGCUGGUUCGUCGGCGGCUGGAGUAACCGGAGAAGCUCCGGCGGGAGCUCGGGAUGUAGAUGAUUUCCUACGGAACGCUACCCAGGUGCUGAAGUUGAUGACGGAGCAACAUGUGGGCAGUAGACCGGGACCCUCUAUGAAGAUGCUGAAGAAAGUGAUCAAGGACUAUGAGGGCAAGAUGGCUUUGGUUGAUUCGGGAGCUACGCACCCGUUGAGGACGGCAUCUUCAGAAGAAUGGGGUGUUGCAGGCGAAGUCGACGUGGUGGUGGCGGGGGACGGUGUGAAGCGGAUGCGCCAGAACGACACGGGCACGUUGCUUAUGGAACCGGCGACUACUAGAGCGCAAACUAUAUUGCCGGUUGGAAGCUUGGUGGCUGUGCUGGGCUACGAGCUAGUGUGGACCAAGAAGAAGUGCGUUCUGAGAGCUCCCGAUGGGAAGGAGUUGGCGUUGAAGGUUUCGUCGGGCUGCCCUGAGGUAAGCGAAGCAACGGCGCUUGAGUUGAUCGCGAAGAUUGAGCAGGAGAAGUUAGCUCAACUUUCGGAGAACGUGGAGAACACGAAGCAGGCCAUGCUGAGGGCUCGUGAGGUUGAGCUUGAUCCAUGCUGGGAAAAGAGCGUUCGGGAGUAUGUUGCCAAGGGAAAGUUCGAAGAUGGCUUCCGCGCGAUGGCGGCUGCGCCCUGGGCAACAGAAGAGCUGCGCGAGGACUUGGCGAGGAUCAUCACGGAUCUUCCCACAGGUGAGAAGGAGGCCUGGGAGCUCAUGCAAAUGUUGGGUUUCAACAGGAGGAUGCGGAAGCGACUGAUGAGCAAGGACUGGGUGGUGAAGAUGUGCAGCGGUCGUCGUUCGUCAGUGGACAAGGUGUUCAAGGCGGUGGAGAGCAACGGAACGGUUGUUUUGGAUAUUGAUGUACAGCGGCUUCCUCUGUUGGACAUCCUUAAGGCGGGCCACAGCGUGAUGAAGCUACUACUUUGGGGUGCGGCUACGGGAAGAGUGGCGGCAGUCCUGUCGGGUUUACCAAGGCACAACGCUCUGGAGCACACGCUGAGGGCGGUGGUACUUAGUGAGGUGGCUACAGCGGGGAGAGCGGCUAUGUGUGCUGAGGUGGAUGUUCCCUUGGAUGGCGUUGCUUUCUCAUUGUGGGCGUCUUCUGAGUCGGAGCAGGAUGAGUCCUCGUUGGCGUGGGUUUUCAAGUGGUUUCGGAGGUGGAUUGCCGAAAGGCACAUGGAUGUUCAUCACUUUGACCAAGGAGGUUUAGGACAUCCUAUGCGGAGACCUACGACGAUGGCAACCAACCUGGAUGUAGCAGAGCUCAAGGGUGUCCAAGAUGCAAGGGCGGAUGAAGGUCACGCUGGUUCGUGGUCCUCGUGGGCUCCUAUGAUGGUGCGAGUGCUGACGCGGGGGCUCAAACGGUGGAAGCAAAGGCCUGGGUGGCAUCCCAGACUAGUCCGAGCACUCAAGGCGGUGGACAGACGGGCGUGGGAAAGGCAUUUGGCCAACGAUCAUGUACCAUAUCGUCCAGACUGUCUUCAGUGUAUACACAAUGCAACAGGACGACCUCAUCGAAAGUGUCUUCACAGGGAUUGCUAUGUGUUGAGUGCGGAUACUUUGGGGCCAGUGAGAGUACCAGGUGUAAAAGGGGAAAGAUAUGCAGUGGUGUUCACUUACCAGUUCCCGAAGCAGAAGUUGAUUCCAGAAGACCAACCCAUUCCUGAUGAUGAGCUGGAUGGGUGGGACCUUGAUGCAAGGGAAGUGGAGUUAGGCAAGAACACUGUUGAUGAGGAGGAGUGUGAUUAUUCUCCUGAUGAAGGCCCAGACCCUCAACUUUCACCCGAAGAGGAAAGUGAACUUCGACGAGUGCAACGAGAACGUCCUAUGGAACUCCUGGAGCAGGUUGGUAAUGUUUCGCCAGCAGCCAAAGCAGCAAAGAAGAAGGAAGUUUCAGAUGAUUGGUGGGAGUUUCGAGAAUCUACGGGCGUCCUUGUUCGGCAUCACGUUACUCCUCGCAUGUCGUUGUUCAGGCCUACGUCAUGGAAUGGUUGUCCGGUGCCGCCUAGCAAGCUGGAUUACACCAGGGUGACGGAGGUGAAGUAUGUGAGCGGCGGUGUGGACACGGAGACGUCGGACUGGCAUGGUCCACAAUCGGGAUCGCGCGUGUUAGAGAAGCUGUGGACGGGAAGGACAAUGUUUCGGAUUUCUACAGCAGAGGUUCCCGAGGAUGAGGAGGAGCUCAAGAAGGAUGAAGAAACGUGGGAAAAGCUUAUUGGCGACCUGACGAAGCCAGUGGAGAUGGAUACGAUCUACAUGGUGUACCCGGUUCGUGCCAGGCGAGGAGGUGAUGCAAUGUUAGCAGUACAAGAAGCUGUGUUGCGGUUGAAACUGUUCGGACUACCGGUGGCCAGGUUACAUUCUGAUCGCGGCUCAGAGUUCGCUUCUAAGGGGCUGCGAAAAUGGCUGUUGGGCCACGAUAUCUACCACACCCGUUCAGAAGCUUUGGUGCCGCAGACCAAUGGUGCAGCUGAGAGAGGAGUUCGUUGGUUUAAGACGAUGGCCAAGGUGUUGAUGGCGGAGGCAAAGGUGGGUUUGAAGUAUUGGACGCUGGCUAUGCAACAUGCAGCUAACCGCCGAAUGUAUGAGCGACUUGGACUAUCCAAGCCAAGGUUGCUACCCUUUGGGUCCAAAGUGAUGAUCAGACGAAAAGUGUUUGGCAACAACAAGAAGUAUGACCUCACGGACCGGUGGGAGGAAGGCACCUACUUGGGUUUGUCGGACUCCAUAAAGGGCGGUGCGAUUGUUCUACGGGCGAGCGGUGUACUUACGGAGACCCUGAACUUGAAGACUGACGUUGUUGAUCCUCAUGCACUACUAGCAGCUCCUAAAGAAGGUGACGGUGAUGAUGGUGGUGGGGUUGGUGAAAUUCCUGUGGGUGAAGUACCAGUCGUUGACCUACCUGAACCAGAUCACCGAUUAACGGGGAAGCAGCCACCACCGUUGAUGAGGAUGUUGAAGCCUACGGCAGGGAAUCCAGAUGCGGUACCUUCUGGCUGGACUAUGAGAACGCUUGUUAAGGAGCAAGAAGAUAGGGCCAGGCAUUACUACAACAUGGGCAAGUUUGAUGGGGAUUCCUGUGCGGAAGUGCUACGAGAUGUUCAUCUGGGAGGCAAGGCCAAAAGGAAAACGAGAGGGGCGCAAACUUCGGCCCUAGUGCUUGGAGGGUACGUUCAUGGAGGAAUGCGCGGAGCUACUGAUGUCACCUACCGGCAGAGCGGUCACUUGUGCAAAGAUUUGCCCGUUCGCUUGUGCAAAGGGUUGGGCGCAGCAGUUUGGCGUGUCCAACGCGAGGUGUCGGCUACUGGCCAGGCCAAGCCAAGCUUCUUCAUGUGGAACCCAGCACGAGCGAGUCAGGGGGACGAAAGCAGCGGUUACCUCGCUUGCCUUGCCUCCGAGCGGCAUGAGGUUCGGACCUUCCAAAACCUGCUUUUCCAGGCUGCAAAAGCACAUUUCGGCGGAUCCGAGCGCGCUUUGGUGCACAGGUCACAGGAUGGGGCUUCGCCGCUUCGGUUCUUAGGCUCUGCUUUCAAGCACUUGAGGGCAAACAAGCGACUCGACACCUCGACGGGGGACCAACCAGAACGUACUGGUGCCAACGCGACUUCGCUUGCUCCACGACCAACCAAAACGUACUUUUCGAGACUCCAAAAGUGCGUUUUCGAUGGUGCCGUUUUCAGCCCCCGAAGCAUGCUCUGA